GGCGUUGCACGCGCGGAUAACAAACUGGAGUAAAUUGGCUGUUGGCCGCUUCUCGCUAUGUGCUGCGCGACACUUACGUCAUUGGCACUGCAGUAAAGUUUAUUUUAAAAGUACCAUCGAAUAAUGAGUGCUGCCACGUGAAGUUAAUCAAAAAAGUAAUACAAGUCAGUGGCGGAAAAGUAAAUGACACUCGUCGGUAUUUCGUAAUUUUGUUUUUCGCUCACGUUGAGAGUACUUUCAUAAUCGUUUGUCUCAGAUAACAUCUGUGCUAGAUUACUUGCCAAUCUGUGAUCAGAGGGUAUGUUUUUCAAACCUCAUCUUGCUUCGUUGUGGUAUUUGUUUUUGUAACCGGUGUUGUUUGUUUGGGUUGGCGGGUGAGUGAAAGUAAGGUUAAGGACGCAAGCUGGCAAAACUUCAGCAAGGUCACUCACGCUUUCUUGAUCACGCCAGCAGUAAUUGAUGAAUCAUAAAUUAGUGGCGUUAACAGCGGCUGUACUAGCGGGAGGUCAAAUGUAUACAGAACAGCCGUUUCCUGACGUGUUGCUGAAUUCUUAUCUUUCAGCUAUAGGCGAUAAAUCGUACGACGUCACAUUGUCGGAGGACGAAAAAUAGACACUAAUUAUUGGAUACUGAUAAGAGAUCUGUAGUAGCGAAACCUGUUUAAGUGUGUUUGCGUACCAUCUUUUCAAAGAGAUCUGCUGUUCAGAAGUUUUGUUGGGAAUAUGUGCCUUCCAGCAGAGUGAGAGUUCCAGUUCCACCGCACACGCAGAGAGAGAGAGAGAGAGAGAGAUGUCCAAAAUGACAGAACAGAAAGGUAGGCCACAUAUCAUCGGAUAUUGGAUGUCGGAGAAGAAGAGGCAGAAACUGAACUGGACAGAAUUUGGGACUACGUGCAAGAGGCACGGAUUUGACUUAGUUAAGCUGGACUUGACGAGAUCACUAGAAGACCAAGGCCCCUUUUGUGUAAUCCUGCACAAGCUUACUGAUAUCAUUGUUCUUGCUGGUCAAGGAGAUAAAAAGGCAGAAGCAAUGGUUCAGAGGGUCGAGAGUUACCUAGAUGCCCAUCCGGAGGUGGCGGUCAUCGAUCCCCUCGACAAUGUCAGGAAACUACUUGACCGAUUCCACUCGUACAGCAUCAGCUUGCGCAGUGGUGUCGAUAGCCUCGAUGCCUUCACGCCAAAUUUUGUGGAGCUGUUGUCUGAAGACGUGGAAGACAACCUGAGACGGCUGAAGGAGGCGGGUGUCACAUUCCCAUUUGUGUGCAAGCCUUCUGUUGCCCAUGGAUCAAGCAGAGCUCACAAGAUGUGCCUCAUCUUUAACGAGCGUGGAGUACGUGACUGUCAGCCUCCGUGUGUGGCUCAGAGCUUCAUCAAUCACAACGCCAUCCUGUACAAGAUAUAUGUGGUGGGAGACAGACAGCACAUCGUCGAGAGGCCAUCCCUCAAGAACUUCUACCCGUGUGAUCGAGACACGAUUUUUUACGACAGCCACGACGUGUCGAAGGCAGAUUCGCAGUCGGCACUCUCUGUGCUGGAUCCAGAGGAUGCGGCAACAGUUCCCCAGCCACCGCCCCCAGACCCCGAGAGACUCCGGGCGGUUGUCAACGCACUACGCUCCAAGCUCGGGCUGGCACUCCUCGGCGUGGACGUGGUCGUCGAGAACUGCAGUGGCCGCAUCGCCAUUAUUGACAUCAAUGCCUACCCUGGUUAUGACGGCUUCCCCAACUUCUUUGAGAGCUUGAUGACGUGCAUCCUGGGAGCCGUCGAGUCACACCGAACAGACGUGUCGGAUGCGGUCCUCUCCAAUGGAUCGGACAGCUUCUCCAGUGGACCUGGCAGUUCUGCUUGCAGCAAAACUAGCAGCAGCACGAGCUCACCAGGCGACCAGGACGAUUCCGGCUUCGACACAGGGGGCGACUCGAGUGACGAGAAGAAGAAGAAGUGGGGCCGACGCCUUCGUGGGAGCGGCGGCUUCGCGGCGGUCGCCGGCAAGUAACAGCUCAGGUUCCUGGGGACAGUUGUGCCAGAUGAACUCCCGAAGCAGCUUUGUGUUAGCUGCCUCAGUGUGUACAUUCUCUUCUUCAUUGGCCACCAACAGAGAUAGUGAUUUACAUUCCAGUUUCUGCACUUUUGUCUCUCUGGAACCUCUUUGGCUGACUUUUUUGUGUGUAUUGACUGUGUUUGAAACAGGAGGAACUCUGACUUUUCAACUGUGUUCAUUUAGUAGACAAAAAAAGGGGAGAUAUUGCUGAAAUUUAAAAAAGUGUUACACCUCUGUUGCCUUCAAGAUACUGUUUCCUGAAUGAGACACUCUGAGUCCCAAGAACAAGUUAAAUUAUUGUAUUCAGAUCUCUCUCAAAGCAUUUAUUUAGUA